UCUGGAAGGGGUGACUCGGUGACUGCGGCUACCGCAAUUUCAGCAACAUGGGAGGCGUUGUGGAAUUUACCUUUAAAGGAUUUUAAGAGCCGCCGGGAAAAUGGCAGAGAGGUUGGAAUGGGUGGAAAUUAUUGAGCCACGCACAAGAGAGCGUAUGUACGCUAACCUGCUGACAGGUGAGUGCGUGUGGGACCCUCCACAGGGAGUUCGCAUCAAGAGGACCGGUGACAACCAGUGGUGGGAGCUGUUUGACCCCAACACUUCACGCUUCUAUUACUAUAACGCCUCCACCCAGCGGACAGUAUGGCACCGGCCUCAGGCAUGCGACAUUAUCCCAUUGGCCAAGCUUCAGACUCUGAAGCAGCACACAGAUGGGACCAACCCUCGUCCAACAGGUGGAGAACGAGGGAGAGUAUCUGCUGACAACAGCCCGGGACGUAACAGUGGGGUCAGCCGAGAGGGAAGCACCUCCUCCUCUCUAGAUCAGGAGCUUUCUGAAAAACAGGGCAGCAAAGAAGAAGCAGACAGGACUUCUCCCUUUAGGUGGAAUACUGGUACCAAGGAACGGAUGCUGAUCAAAGUGACAGACAGAGAGCCUAGCUUUUUGGCUCAUCAGGGAAAUGGUUACUCUCCUUGUGACCCUCCAGCUACUGGUGGUCCCUCUGGAGGGGGAACUGCCACACGAACCCGCCAUUCCUCUGGAGGAAACCUCCCUACAGAAUCCGACGGCUCCCCGGUCCUCUAUGCUGACCGCCGGCAGUCUCCACUUCUAAAGCGAGCUGAACUAGGUUGCACAGGUACCCCUCGACGGCCCUCAGCUGACUCCCAGCCUCCGUCACCCCGCUAUGCCUUUGAACCUCCAUUGUACGAGGAGCCACCUUCAGAGUAUCAGCCUCCUCCAAUCUAUGAAGAGCCACCCACUGACAUGCACCUGUCUGACUCAUGUUCCUUUCAUGGCUCUGGAAAAUCACCUGCCCGGAAGUCUUCAGCCCCCCUCUAUCACUCCCCCAAGCAGAGCCCGUCACCGUAUGGCCAUCUGGUUCUGACCCGGCAGAAAUGUCCAGAAAAGACUCAAAGUCUGGAGUACAGUCCUGUGGGGAAGGAGUACGUCAAGCAGCUGGUGUACGUGGAACAGUCAUCCUCCAGCCCCCGCUUCAAGACAGCUGACAGGCUACUGCGAUACGGUACUACCGGGGGCUACGGUGGCUCAUAUGGGGGGUCCUAUACUCUGCAGCACAGCCAGUCUCUGAUCCGAGACCCCCGCCUACUCCUGGACUACAGCGGGGAGGGUGGAGAGAGAAGCCAGAGGUUGCUUUAUGAAGACUCAAUAUCCUGGACAUCUACUCAGACCCACUCACUCUCCUCCUCCUCUACAGCCGGCCCUGGGGCUUUUUCCCCUGGUGGCAACCGCAAACGCAAGAGCCGCAAGCCAUCCCUCCCCCAGGAGCUGGGACGCUGUGGGGAGGUGGAGCUCAUAGGCACAGCAUCAGAAGCUAUGCUGGCCCAAGCCAGACUGGCAUGGGAGGCCCAACAAGUGAUGAGACAGAGAAGCAGCUGGGACUCUGGGCAGGGUGGGGGGCAGGCCCAGGGUGGAGGGUCUAAAGAUGGCUAUGAGAGCGAUGGGGCUAUGCCUCUGCCAUUACCAGGACCAGUGGUGAGAGCAUUCAGUGAGGAUGAGGCUCUGGCGCAGAGCGAUGGCCACCACUGGAAACGUAGUACCUUUGACCGGCUGGGCUUCCCUCAGGCCCUGCUGGAGAAAAGCCUCUCAGUCCAGACCAACCUGGCCUCCCCUGAACCUUACCUCCACCCAUCACAGUCGGAGGAUCUUGGAGCCUGUGUGCAGUUUGAAGCCAGUCGAAAUGCCAGGAACAUGAUGCCCAGUGCUAGCUGUGGCAUUUUCCAAGAAUUCAGCUUGAGAAAGCCCUCAUCAGAGACUGACAUUGAGAACUGGGCAUCCAAGCACUUCAACAAACACACACAGGGCCUGUUUAGGAGAAAGGUGUCGAUUGCCAACAUGCUGGCCUGGAGCAGUGAGCCCAUCAAGAAACCAAUGAUUGUGACCUCAGACCGUACAGUGAAGAAGGAGGCUGUGGACAUCUUUAAGCUCAUUCAGACCUACAUGGGGGACCGUCGCUCCAAGGCUGACCCUUAUUGUGUGGCUCUGGAGGUGGUGGUGAGGGGUUGGAGUAACCAGGGUCUUCGUGAUGAGCUCUACAUCCAGCUGUGUCGUCAAACCACUGAGAACUUCCGGUAUGACAGCUUGGAGCGCGGCUGGGAGCUGAUGGCCAUUUGUCUGGCCUUUUUUCCUCCUACUCCCCGCUUCCACACCUACCUAGAGGGCUACAUCUACAGACACAUGGACCCUCUGAAUGACACCAAGGGAGUUGCCAUUAGCAGCUAUGCCAAAUACUGCUACAGGAAGCUGACAAAAGCUGCCCUGACUGGCGCCAAGAAGGGCCUGCAGAAGCCCUGCAUAGAGGAAGUCAGGCAUGCCAGGAAUGCCAUUUUCAGUCCAUCCAUGUUUGGUUCCUCCCUGGAGGAAGUGAUGGUGCUUCAGAAGGAGCGAUAUCCAGACCGCCAACUGCCCUGGGUGCAGACUCGUCUUUCUGAAGAGGUUCUGGGUCUCAAUGGAGACCAAACAGAAGGCAUCUUCAGAGUGCCAGGAGACAUAGAUGAAGUCAAUGCCCUGAAGCUGCAAGUGGAUCAAUGGAAAAUUCCCACAGGACUAGAAGACCCACACAUUCCAGCAUCACUGCUGAAAUUCUGGUACAGGGAGCUGGAAGAGCCGCUGAUUCCUCAUGAGUUCUACGAGGAGUGUAUCAGUCACUAUGACAACCCAGAGGCAGCUGUCAAUGUGGUUCUGGGGCUGCCGCACAUCAACAAACUGGUGCUCUGCUACCUCAUCCGCUUCCUCCAGGUAUUCGCCCUGCCCGCUAAUGUGGCCAUCACCAAGAUGGAUGUGAACAACUUGGCCAUGGUCAUGGCUCCCAACUGUCUGCGCUGCCAGUCAGAUGACCCCAGGGUGAUCUUUGAGAACACCCGCAAGGAAAUGUCCUUCAUCCGGGUGCUUAUCCAGAGGCUGGACACAAGCUUCAUGGAUGGAAUCCUAUAGCCCCCCCUCCCUCCGUCCCUCCCACUCAGUCACACCUACACAUCCAACAGCUGUGCUUGACCCUCGGCAUCUCUGCGCUCCCUUUAACCUGCUUUGUCACAGGCCCUGCACUCCCCCACCCCCCCAGCACAGAAACAUCACACAUACAGAUCAAUGCUGCUGGGUGAACAUCAUCUCCAUCAUGUUCACUUUAACUGAAACUGCCUUGAUUUGAGUUUGACCACUCUGUGUUUUGAGUUGAACCAGCUGUUUUUUCUAUUCUGUGAGUGCGGUCCUUCAACAAUUUUCUGAUGCUAACAGUACUGUGUGUGCCUUCACAUACAUUAUUACAGUACACACAUUCAGUAUGAAGAUAUUAGCAGGGAUCUCAUCAGUUCCUUCACAGGCAGAUUUGCAGACCUCUCUGUAUGUAUGUUCUUUUUUUUGCAGCCUGACUUAUUUGUUUUAUAUGAAAUUAUGUUUUUCUCUUUCUUUCCCCCAGCUUAAAUACAUGUGCACUGCCACAUGCACACAUUUACAUCCAGGUCUUGCAGUGUACAAUGUCAUAUAAUGUAAAGCAACAAUCAUCAAUAAGAUGACUGAACAAAGCGCAUGAUUAAUAUACAUGACUUCUCACACAUUUACAGGCAAAGCAAUGCAUCCAUAUUUAGCACUAGUUUUUCACAAAUAUAAAUUCUGCACCAUGCAUACUACUCCCACCCUGCCGGGUAAAGAGAACAUAUUGGCCUAAAGAUAAUGUCUGGCUGUAAACACACUGGUACGGGGACUACUCUGUUGAUCAUGAAGCUUUCAGGUGAAGACAACAUGGACACUAAAGCUGCUCUGCUUUGUUUGACUUCAUAAACUGAACAUUCCUGGGAAGGUUGUAUUUAAAAAGUUUUGUAAUGUCAAUUUUCAAAUCCAGGAUCACAUCAUACUGACCCAGACUGCUCUCUCUCUCAGCUUACCUCGUUAACCAUUACACUACAGUACUCCUCCUCCCUCUUCACAUCAAUCUCUAGAUACCUGAAUUCCUUCACCUCAGGUAUUUACUCUUACUUAGCCGAGAACUCUAAGCCAACAAAUCUUGCUUCAGAUGUAGACAAAUUAGUUCUGUAGUUACUUCAGACUCAUCACUGAAUGAAGCCAACAGGACAGCAUCCCUUUCAAAGCAUCACUGAACAGCACGAAUACAGAACAGAGACGACUACUCAGAGAUGGCUAAGCUGUUUUAUGUGUCCAUGUUUUAUUCACUUAAUACAUGGAAAGCUAACCAGCCUGUCCACUACUGAUUUUGGGUAACUGUUUCCUCUUGAUUGGCUAAACUGGUGCUAACAGAUUAACCAGUGACUUUUACUGUGGGUCCAAAAGUAAAGUUGGAUGAUCAUCCUGUCCUCAGUUGUAGUUUGUGAAGUGAUCUCAUGGCAGUGUUGCAGCCUUUAGCGUUUGGUCAUUUUGCAGAAAUCUGUCCACUCUGCCAUCGUAUUUGGUGCUGAACAGCCACUCUGGCUGUUAAACACAGCUUCAUGAACUGAUUAGCAACAGAUUCACGGAGGAACAGCACUGCCAGCAAUCGUCUCCAUGUCUGAACGCAGCAUGUCCAUAACUUCUUUUAAGGGGAGUGAGAAUUGAAAGAUCUUACUGAGCCGCCUGAACCCUGCAGAGGAUCAGUUCACCACCAACACUGAGCCCAAACAGGCCUUUCUGCUUACUGAUGGUUUGUGAAUGUCUAGCCGUCUGUGUGCUCGUCCCUUUCUGUCUGUCACUGUUUACAAAAUGUGUAUCUCAUCCAUCCUGUCUGUGAGCAAGUACUGUUGUUUAAUAUAUUUAUUUAGAUUCCUUUUCUAUAUUUAACUGAAGUUCAAGGUUUUUAACACUUUAUUUUAUAUAAUUUAUUUAUAUUUAUUUGAGAUUUCCUUAAUGCCUUCUUGAGAUGUGUUGUAAGCUCAAAGGUGUGUUUUGUAAUUGCACAGGUGCGCAAAUGUGAAUGAAUGUGUGAAAAUGCCUUUGGGUUUGUAGUUGUCAGUGUAGCAGCAAACAACUAUACUGAAUUUAGCUGCCUGUGUGAUUCAUUGGCUGAAAGGUUGAUGGACACAUUCAGACGCCCUGUGAGAACCUGGGUUCUGUCUCAAAGGUCCCCCUGGUGUUCUGUCUCAGUGAGUCUGUGGCUAUAUGAACCUUCUUGUUGUGAAGAAACUGGUGUAAGUGUGUGAUAUACAGCUCACGACAACAAAAUUCACUGUACAGACUAAAAAGAAGUAAAAGUGGAGGUAAAAGCAGAGAGCGAUUAGAUCUCUAAAAGAAUUCAUCUGUAAGCAGCUCACACAGUUUAAACCCAAUGUCCAAAAGUUUGAGAACCCCAGUUUUCUGCCCACCAUCAGUUCAGCUAUCAGAGAAGUGUAAAACUGGAAAAUCAGCUGUUAGGUUAGUUGAUUCUAACCUGACUGCAGUUGUAAGGCUGUGACAGGCCUCUGAUCAGAGCUGAUGGGCUUCAGCUCUAACAGUAGAUUCUGAUAACAAUAUCCAGUAUGAAGGGGGAUUUAAAUAUUUAUGUGGACUGUUGGAAUCACAAGUCUUUAAAGAUGGUUUGGUAACUUUUCCAGCUGGAAAUGAAGUCUACACUUUUGACUCAAAGCUGGAUUCUCAUUAUCUUCUUUUGGGAGCUGUGUGAAGGAUAUGAAUGACAUUUGAAGUUAUGUUCAUGGUGGACAGAAAAUGUUUCAGGGUUUACAGACUUUCAGAAACCUCUAUGUUUUCUGGUCAUCAACUGUUGGUUUAGGAAAUAGACUCGGCCAUUACACUGUGUCCCUCAUUGCUGCAUCUGUCAACAUGCUGUUACAUCAACUUUAGCUUCAUUUUUUUUUAAUAUGUGUAUCAAAAUCUGGUUUUGGUGUUAAGACUGUCUGUUAUAACAGCCUUUUUUUAAAAUUUUUGUUUGAGAAAAGACAAUGAACAAAUUUUCCAGCUGUCCCAUAACUGACAACAGAUUUCUUUAUGAAGCCGUUUUGAGUUCAAAUCAGAUCAAUUAGUGAUAAGAAACCUCAAAGAUGGUUAGGCUGACAUGUAGCUGCCGUGUGCGCAAUGUAUUUGUGUCUUUGUUUUAUGUAAGAGGUGGUUGUAGACAAACUCUUCAAAUCAAACAAUCAGCAUGCAGAUAGGAUCUUCACUCUUUAACUGGAACUUACUAAAAUGUUAUUAAAUUUAUGAUAAAGCAGUCUUUCAGUAUUUAGCUUAAAAGAUUCACUCAAACAUAUUCAGUCCUUUCUAAUCCAUUUUCUGUUUUUUUCCUACUUGAAUUAUACUGAGUUGGUAGUUGGUGUUAAUGCUUACUGUCUAAUGUAAGAAAACAAUGAAAACACCUGCUGUGAGCUGCUCUUCACCUCAGUGUGAGGCCUCCAGGCUUUUCACAUGUAUAUUGAAGUCCACUAUCACUCACACUUGGUCUGAGAGAAGACUCUGGAAGUGUAACAGACUUUGGUUUAAUAAAUUAUUCAAUUGUCAAA